CAUUUAGCCCAAGAACGAGUCGAAUUAACGAAUUGAGCUUUGUUUUUUGGGCAAAGAAGAUAAAUUCUAAAGAAGUUUAGCCCAUCUCCGAUUAUUAUUGUUUUAACAAUGGAAGUUACUUUGUCUUCUAAUUUAUUAUCUGCCGUUCAAUUCGUAUGCCAACAGUUAAGCGGUGUUUGUUGCAACAUCGUAGGACCGCCUGCAAAACCUAUCGAAAGGAAAAAAGGCAGAAGAUCAAAAUCACCCGAAGUGCAGGAGCAAAAAGAUGAUAAACUUGUACACCAUUACGCUAUCAUUCAGAAUGUGCACGAUGUUUACUUUCCUCCCGAAGACUUAACUAGACCCAUUUUACCGGGUAAAGUGGUAAUUAGUUGGACGGGAGAAGCUAAACUUUACAUUUUUGACGAGGAAGUAAAAAGUUUAGUAACAGAAAACGUCGAAAAACUACGAGAAUUGAUUUGCGAAUUAUCUUCGGAAUAUUUAUUCUGUCCUGGAAUAUCUCGAGACGAAGUCGGUAACUAUCCAAAUCUCGUUCUGAAACAGAUUCCCUUUGUUAGAUAUCAUUCUAAAGACUGUUACGUUUGGUAUAAGCGAGAAAAUACUAAAAGGCAAAGUCUACCACCGAAAGCCUGGCAGAGACAAGUCUACAAGAUGUGCCCGAAAUGUUCGAAAUGCUUGACUAAUGUUAGGGCUUGGCAUAAGAGAAGAGCGAUCGAAGGAGAGAGUUCCGACUCUAAAAGAACGGCUGCAGAUUCUAAAUACAGUUUUAGUAAGUUGUCGGAGGAAGACAAGGAAAAGAAACUUCAAAAUCUUAAGAAAUCGAGAUUAUCCGCUGCUAGAAAAGUAAAACGCAUCGUUAAGAGAUUACAAGAAUUGGAAAAUAAGUUGCACUCCGCAUCACCCAAUAAAAUGAUUUCCGAUAAUGUAGAUGACAAUACGAUAAUUGAAGAAAUUAUGGACGAAGUUAAUAAAGAACUAGACGUAAAUGAAGAAUAUAUGGAAGAAUUCGUUUGCGGAGCCGAAAAUAUUAUGAUGGAUGUUGAAAAUGAACUAAACAAAGUUUUGCUAGCUCAAUCGAGAAGAGAUGUAGGAAUACAAUGCAACCUUAUUCGGUCACCAGUUCAAGAAUUUCCCGCUAUCCGGAUUCUAUCUGCAACCGAUUCUGAAAGAGAAACUAGUGAAUACGAAGAUUAGAAAUUUUUUCGUUUUUUUAUUAAAAAAACAAUUUUAUUUACGUAUACAAUUUCUUUGCAUUUGUUUAAAAAAUUUUUUGGAGUUUUUUUCCAGUUUAUCGUCAACAUUAAUAGAAAUUUAUUAUUUCUUCUUUAAAGUGAAAUAAAACCUGUAAUUUUAAUUGAACUCGAUGUUUGUUACACGUGUAAAACUUUAGACGACAGCAUAGUUUUAUAUUUUUAUUCUUAAUUUAUGACAAAUAAUCUUUAUCCAAUAUCUUCUAAUAGAAAACCUUUUCUGGACAAUGAUUAAAUUAAAAGAAUUAAUUAGUCGAAUAAAGAAAAAUUACCCUCAAUGAA